AUGCGUUUAGUUUAUAAUAAAACAUUGAAAUAUCGUUCAGAUGAUUUAACUAUAAAUUAUCUUGGUUAUUAUACAGAUAAUGGAGCUUAUUAUUAUUAUCAUACAGAAUCUCAAAUGAAUUAUGAAGAAACAAUAAUUGAAAUAAAAAAAAAUUUAACAAUUCCAAUUCAAUAUAUUCAAUUAGAUUCUUGGUGGUAUUAUAAAAGUUUAGCUGAUGGAGUUUCAGAAUGGACUGCUCGCCCGGAUAUAUUUCCUGAUGGUCUUGAAGGAUUAAAUAAAAAAUUGACAAAUCUUCCAUUAGCAGCACAUAAUAGAUAUUGGUCAUCUGAUACAAUAUAUACAAAAAAUUAUUCUUUUAUAAUUGAUAAUUUAAAUUUAAAAAGUCUUCCAUUAGGUAAUGAUUCAUUUUGGAUUGAUUUAUUUAAUUAUUCAUCAACAAAUUGGAAUUUAAUAUUAUAUGAACAAGAUUGGAUGAAUCAUCAAACAAUUGAUUUUAUUCCAACACGUCAAGAAUUUGAUCUUGGAAGACAAUGGUUAAUAUCAAUGGGUAAUGCAGCUAAUUUAUUUAAUAUAAAUAUUCAAUAUUGUAUGAGUUUACCACGACAUGCUCUUCAAUCAUUAGAAAUUGAUCGUGUUACACAAGCAAGAGUAUCCGAUGAUUAUUAUGUUCAUAUUGUUAAUAAAAUUCCACAAUGGAAAAUUGGUAUAUCAUCAAUGUUAGCUAAUGCUCUUGGUUUAGCACCAUUUAAAGAUGUUUUCUGGUCGAAUUCAAUUCAACCAGGUGCUCCUUAUAAAGUAACAGCUCGAGAACCAUUACCUGAUAGAGAAAUUCUAAUAGCGACUCUUUCAACUGGUCCAGUAGCUGUUGCUGAUAGUAUUAAUUAUAUUGAUAAUAUACGUAUUAUGAAAUGUUGUCGACAAGAUGGUCUUAUUUUAAAACCAUCACGACCUUUAACAAUGAUUGAUUUAUUAAUAUCUGAUUGGGCAUUGUAUAAAGGUUUUAAACAAGGAGAACUUUAUUCUACACAAACCAUUAUAAAUGAACAAAUAUUUUCAAUAAUAUUUGCAUCAUCAAUGAUACGUAAUUAUUCAAUAAUACCUUCGAUGAUUGGAUCACCUUCUGGAAUAAUAUGGUCAUUUGACAAUCCAUAUGAAUUAUUUACUUUUGAUGAAAAUCAUUCACUUUUUAUAUCAACCGAAAAAUGUAAUGAUACAACAUUUUGUUUAUGGUAUAGUUCACCUAUAUGGCAAUUUAAUGAUUCAUUAUCAACGAAAUAUGUUUUUAUGGGUGAACUUAAUAAAUGGACAUUUGUUAGUCAACAAAGAUUUUCUUCUCUCAAUUUAAAUUCUGAAAAUACUCAAAUGACAAUCAUAAUUAACGGUGCUCCAAAUGAACUUGUAGAUGUUUUUGUUUAUCAUUCCAAAUUUGAAUCUAUUAUUCAUCUUGUAUGUAGUCUUUCUAAUAGUAACGCUCAAGCACAACUAAUAAUAAAUCCUGUGAAUGUUACUUGCGUAUAA